ACUGUCAAUUUUCAGCUUCUCUCUAAGACUCCCACUCUAAGUAAAGUUAAUGAUCCUUACAGUGUAGAAAGGAAUCAUCAUUUGGUCUAUGAUCUGUUGCAUGAGAAAAGGAAAAGCACAAAUUGUGUCCAAACAUGGGUCUCAUUCUUCUCAAGAAACUCAGCAUCCUCUUCCUCAUUUUAGUAUCACUCUUAUCAGCUUGUAUUGCAGGUGGGCAGUCCAAGUUCUUCAAUGAGUUGGCUAAAGAAGCGGAUGCAAUGAAUGAGGGAAUACCAGUACAGAAACCAUCCCGCCACGAUGAAGAGGACAGUAUCCACGAGAGGCUUUUAAGGGUCAACACAAAAGACUAUGGAAGAUAUGAUCCAGCACCAGCUCUUGUGAAGCCUCCUUUCAAACUCAUACCCAACUGAUGCUCAUUUAGCCAUGAGUAUAAAAGCUUGGCUGCAGUCUCUGUGGAAAUCUCUAAAUAUAUGUAUGCCCACCUAUAUAUAUAUACAUAUAUAUCAUGUGUAUCAUAUGGCACAACAUUAUACUAAGUUUUGAGCCCUCCGCGUAGUCAUGUGUUAUAUAUUUGUGUAUGUGCGUGUAGCUUCUUAGUAAAAUGUGGUUCAACUUUCGUUGUGGCAUGUUUAAACCAUGAUCAGUGGACUAAAUGAAGGGGGCAUUAUGUCCA